GUUUACGGAAGGGCUCGUUACGGCCGUGUCGACGCGAGCCCUGGCCGUGUCUUCCCCCGCAAGCUCGAUCAUCUCAGCUGUCUAUUACAACGAUUCUGCGCCCCACAAUAAACUGUUGCCAAUUGUAUAGCGAUCGAUUAGUGAGCGACGGCUUCUACCUCUCGCUUUUCCGUCGAAUUUCACCUCGCCUGCCGUUCGCAAAACCGUCCCCAAAACCUGUUGAAAUCAUCAGAUGGUUUGCGCGGGAAUGGAACAUGUGAACGGGGAACUUGCUCACGGGUUUGAGAAUCUUGUUUGCGUCAGAUGCAACGACGGAUUCUCUCUCCAAGAUCAAAUAGUCAACUCUUCAGGACAAGUCUGGCAUUCAGAAUGCUUUGUAUGUGCACAGUGCUUCGAACCCUUCCCAGAUGGCAUUUAUUUUGAGUUCGAAGGCAGAAAAUACUGUGAGCAUGACUUCCACGUUCUGUAUGCUCCAUGUUGUGGAAAGUGCAACGAAUUCAUCGUUGGUCGCGUGAUCAAGGCCAUGAAUGCCAGCUGGCAUCCGGAUUGUUUCCGUUGUGAAUUGUGCUCGAAAGCAUUAGCUGAUAUUGGCUUUCUUAGAAAUGCUGGCAGAGCUCUAUGUCGAGAUUGCAACGAACGAGAGAAGGCGGCUGGUUCAGGUCGAUAUGUGUGCCAUCGUUGUCAUGCUAUGAUCGAAGAGGGUCAGCACAUAAAAUUCCGUGGGGACUCUUUCCACCCCUAUCAUUUCAAGUGCAAACGAUGCAAUGUCGAGCUGACAGUACAAUCUCGGGAGGUGGGUGGCGAGCUAUACUGUUUACGAUGUCACGACACUAUGGGUAUCCCUAUAUGUGGUGCUUGUCAUCGGCCCGUUGAGGAAAGAGUUGUGACAGCGCUAGGCAAACAUUGGCACGUAGAGCACUUCGUCUGUUAUGUGUGUGAGAAGCCAUUUCUCGGUCAUCGACACUAUGAGCGGAAGGGAUUGGCCUAUUGCGAGCAACACUACCACAAGCUUUACGGCAAUGUUUGCUACAAAUGCGGUGAGCCUUGCGGUGGCGAGGUCUUCCAGGCACUCAACAAAAGUUGGUGCAUUGACUGUUUUGCUUGUUCCUUCUGCGACAAAAAGAUGGACCAUAGGACGAAAUUUUACGAAUUUGAUAUGAAGCCCACAUGUAAGAGAUGCUACGACCGUUUCCCAACAGAGCUCAAAAAGAGGAUAUCAGAUAGCUUGAAGGACCGAGACAUUGAGAUUCAACGUCGGAGAUCACAAAGUCCAGGCGCUAUACGGCAAACAUGAAACGAAAGGAGGAAUGAAAUUUUAUGGCAAGUAACUCUGAAACUUGAAGGUUACUUCAUGAACCUCUUCUCGUUGACUAUUAACCAGAGCAUGAAGCUGUGAAUCUAUAUCCAAACUGCUUCUCAUAUGUAUAUGCAAUGUCACUAUGAACUUGCUUUUUUUUCUGAGUUUCGAAGCUGGUGCUAUUGUUAUCGUAUAUUUGGGUUGUCAGAAAAUUUGUAUGCUGCUAAAUUGAGCGCAUAUUCUCAGAAUUUUGUUGCCUUGAGAUUCUUAUUUUGCACUUCUUGAUUACUGCCACCAAAGCUGAAUAGAUUAGAUUUGUCAUCAUGGAUGUAUUUUUUAUGCAAACUCUGUGGAUGAAACUACGAACAGCGAGUCCUUGGAAGAAGAGUUUGUGAAGGCACAUAAACAUAAAAUC